AUGGCUACUUCUAUUACUACAUUGGUUGAGGAAAUGCCACUGGCACAUGUGGUUGACAGUAAAUUUGUUGAUAAAGUUUGUGCCCAUUGCAUGAUACCAACAUGGGAAAGAGACAUUGAAGGAAAACUAAGUCGAUGUGCUCAUUGUAAAUUCACCCAUUACUGUAAUAUAAAGUGCCAGAAGAAGGAUUGGCUUAUUCAUAAGAUAGAAUGCUCAUAUUUGUCACGUGUGGCGCCACGUGUUCCCGAAUCAAUACCUCGAUUAAUAGGUCGCAUAAUCACGACAUUACAAUACUGUAGUGUUAAGAAUCGUGCUUUCAAUGGACGUGUUUUUGCUUCCUUAAAAAGUCAUGUUGCUGAUAUCGAGAAAGAUGAGGAAAAGAGAAAUGGGUUCAUAUCCAUUGCACAUGUAAUCAAAGAUUAUCUUCCAUUAGGCGAGAUGCCAUCCAGCAGUGAACUAUUCGAUAUUUUUUGUAAGAUUUUGAUCAAUGCAUUGGUAAUUACAGACUCGUGUUUGAAUAGAAUUGGCCUUGCAGUUUAUCUAGGACUUUCAGCUUUGGAUCAUAGCUGUAAACCGGAUGCUUUUAUCAUUUUCAGUGGCACGAAAGCAAUCUUAAGAUCCUUGAAUAAAAAUAUAAAGGAGUACAGCGAUAAUCUGCUCAUUCCAUACUGUGACUUGAUGGAUCUUAAGUCUACACGAUGUGAAACUCUGCAAAAGCAGCACAAUUUUACAUGUAAUUGUGAAAUUUGUCAGGAUUUUGAGAUCGAUCGGCAGAAGUGUUCUUUACGAUGUAGCAAGUGCAAAGAUGGUUUUUGUCCAUAUAGUCCUGAAGAUGAUCAUGCAGAAGCACGAUGUAAAGUUUGUGACCGAAUAUCAGUUUUCAAUAUUGAUCAUUUGCAAAAAUUGUACCAACAACUGACAACUCACGAAUCAGCAAAAAAAAGUCUAAACGAGCUGAUAGAUUCAUAUCACGAAUUUGAAGAAGUUUUUUCGCCAUAUAACGUUCCUCUUUGUAAAUUUGCUGAAAAUAUUAUGAUCAGAGCGGUGAAUAAUGAAAAGUACGAUGAAGCAGUGGAGUAUGCCGAAAAGACUCUCCUUUGCUACAGGACAUAUUAUCCAAAAGGUCAUCCUUCGCCUUCAGUGCGCAUGUUUGAAUAUGCAAAGUUAUUAAUGCUACAGUGUAGUCAGGAAUCCCUUCCUGUGUCACGAAAGGCUUUUAAAAUGAUAUGCGAAAGCUAUGGUUCUGACAGUGCUUUUGCGUUUAACGCUGCCAGAUUAAUAAAUGACUUAGAAAAAAAUGUAGCUGCUGCUUCGUCGUGA